CGAUUGUGGCAUGGCUUAGUAUCACCCUAGACCUGCCAAUCCCCUUCUACGGUCUGCCUGCCCGCCAUGUCAGAAUCGCCCGGCGAUAGGCCGGACAUUGGACUGCCCACCACGCGCUCCUUUACCGGUCCAUGGCUCUCUCAGCAGCUCCUACUCACCUUCCUCCUCGGUCUGACCUCCUUCGUCAGCUUCUCCCUCUUGGUCAAGCGCAAGGGUUGGAGAAGCUAUCUCGCUCCUGUUGGGAGACAACCUGUCCUGGCGCAGGGUGAAGAUCCGCAGGCGGAUGACCACAGGCUGAAUGACGGGUCGAAGUUUCGUGUCGGGAGGGUGUUGAACUCGAUGGGACUUGAGUGGCUCGCCACGACAAUCUAUACUUCGGACUCUGCCACUGCGUAUCUGGCUGGACCUCCAACAUCAUCUAUCGAUACGCUACACCUCCUCAAAUUCUUCCGAUUCGGCACACAUCUCUUCCUGUGGCUGAGCAUCUGGUCGCUACUCAUCCUCAUGCCGGUCAACUACAGAGAGCAUGGCUGGAUUGAUGGAGUGAGGCCGGGGGACGAUGAGAGGAAGGGAGAGGAAGGCGGAAAUGCCCUAUACCGCCUUGCUAGCGCUUUCAAAGGACAUGCAGAGCCCGAGGAUCCGGUUCCUGUGCCGCCAGGACCAACACUGCCUGCACUCAAGGCUACGACUCUUUAUGACAGCACGCAUCUUUUCACGACCUACUUCGUUACAGGUGCACUUUUGUACCUCCUCACAUCACAUACCUCAUCCUUCCUCGCUCAGAGACAACGUAUUCUACACGCCCUACACUCAAGUCUCGUAUCGCGCUCAAUCCUGGUCCGCUCUCUGCCUCGUAGCUUGCGCUCUUCAGAAGCUCUGCAGAAUUACUUUGGCACUACAUUGCAGAUGUCUGCUUGCAAUGCGUGGGUCUUGCCCGAUGUAGGGAUGGGCCUUCGAAAGCUGCUCAGAGAUCGAGAACAGGCAUUGCGCAAUCUCGAGAGUGCGUGGGUGGCAUGGGUUGGAAAUCCGGUGCGGCCGGAGAUGAGCGCAGAAUGGCAGCCAGCAUCGAUUGAAGAGAGGAUCAAAGAGCGCAGCAAGGCCAUCUUGGCGGGUGAAGAGUUGCUACCUUCCCGUGGAUGGCUAGUCGAGACUGCCGAUUCUGGCAAUGGUACCAUUGCGCUUGGGGAGAGGGAAGACGAGGAGACACCGCUGCCAUCGUCAACUAGCGCGAACUCAGCGGUAGACGACAGAGUUCCCCCAAUCGAUAGCGACCCGGCAUACGGUCCGCCCUCCUUCGCUCACAAGCGCCCAACUCGUCGCUUACACUACUUCUCGCGACAGAAGGUAGAUCUGCUUGCGGACCUUGAAGCACGUUACCUCAAGUUGGAUGUUGCUGUUGCCCUGGUCCGCAAGAAGAUGGUCGAAGGAGACUGGAAGGCAAUUGGCGUAGGCUUCGUCGAGUUCAGAGAGGUCAAAGAUGCGCUGGUGUCGGCUCAGGCUCUCUUCUUCGAGAAGGAGGCCACUUGCCGCUCUGUGAUGGCACCCGACUGUCGAGAUAUCAUCUGGCGCAAUGUUGGCGUUCCUACUGGGGAGAGGCGACUUCGUCAAUUUUUCAUCAGCGUGUGCAUUACGCUGCUCUACCUCUUCUACUUGCCUCCCCUGCUCUUCUUGGGAUCAUUACUCUCACCAGCAUUCCUCAAGAAGUACAUUCCCGAUGUCUGGAAGAUCUUGUCUGUCUCACCUCGUCUCGAGGCACUGGUGAGCACAUCUCUCCCGUCUCUGGUGCUCGUUGGGUUCAACGCUGGUCUGCCGAUGCUGCUGGAAGCUACGUCCAUCUGGCAGGGAGUCAAGACCAAGAGCGGCGUCGAGAUGAGUGUGCUGAAGAAGUAUCACAUCUUCCUCGUGACUUCGGUCAUCUUCAUCUUUAUCAUCACUGGGACUGCAUUCGGGGUACUUCUGGAUCUCAGCGCGAAUCCUAUGAGGAUCUUGGACAAGCUGUCCUUGUCGCUUCCCCUUGCCAGGAACUUCUCCCUGUCGUACAUCAUCCUGCAGGCUCUGACGGUGCUGCCACUGCAGUUGCUUUCUCUGGCGACUCUGAUGAUCUCGCCCAUCUACGUGGUCGCUGCACGCACUCCACGAGACCAUGCAGAGGCGCAUGCAGCGCCAAUCUUCAAGGCAGGAACAGUAUACCCUCAAGCUCUCAUCGUCGCUACUCUUGGCCUUGUUUACGCCAUCGUCAAGCCGCUCGUGACGAUUUUCGCCACCCUGUACUUCGCGAUCGGGUACAUUGUCUUCAAGUAUAAGCUCCUCUACGUCUUCUACCCGCCACCGAGCUCGACGCAGCAGGCACUCACGAGUGUGACACGCCCACGCAUGAUCUUUGCCAUCUUCCUCUUCCAAAUCUUCCAAUUGAGCCUGUUCUCCGUACACGGACAGGUGCUCAUGGUCGUUUUGACGCUGCCGCUUAUGGCCACAACGGUCUGGUACGGAAGAUUCCUGGACAAGAGGUUUGAGAAGCUGGAGCUUUUCGAAGCUCUUGAGGGAGCUGUGCUAGCUGAUGCAGCGGAGGCGAGGGGAGGGUUCACAGAUGGGGAUGUAGCAGAGGGAAUAGCGACUCCCGACGAUCGCAAGAGGAAGCUCAAUACGGAGGCGGACGCAGCAAUCAGAGGUGACGCGAUGACUCCUCCUUCUGGCGGAGGCAACGAAGCCCACUGGGGCUCCUCGACGGACGAUGAGCAAGACGAGCAGCCUUGGUCAUUCAGCAACCGAGCAUUUGAGACUGGCACCUCGACCCCCUCGGAAGUCAGCACCCCGGUGCUGAACGCGAGCGCAGCUGGUGGAUCUUCCAGUAGCGGAAGCGCUCUGGGCAGGCAGAAGAAGAUCUGGUCAUCGCCUUUCGCCAGGCUGGGGCGGAAGGGCUCUUCGCAGCGUACCACCACACUGAAAGCCGACACUAAUCGCCAGCGAGCAGUCUAUCAUCGUCCCGAUUCAAAGUACACAAACUACCGCGAGCCCUCUUCUGAUAGCGGAAUCGACUCUCUGCCUGGCCUGUUGGAGCGCGCUUCUGCGUCUAGCUUCAGCAGGUCCGGUAGGAGGUGGUCUAGCAGGGCGCAGGAUAUUGGCGAAGAGGAAGAAGAUGUGGGCGAUGAGGAAGAUGAUGAGGUGGAGGCGGUCGCGGAGGACGAGCAGCUGGAGACCGAGGAGACGUACGAACAUCCGGCCAUCAGGGGAACCUUGAAACAGCUGUGGUUGCCAAGUCGUUAGGGUGGGACAUCACGAAUGAAAGAAUCGCCAUAUCCGUGUUUUCAUUUCGCACAUGGUGAUUUACUGCGUAGCAAUGAUCUAUUUCGUGCGUCUCCACUCAGAGAAGAAGAUGUCACCUACGAUGC